GACGACAUUUGCUUUGUCGAAAUCAUCAUCUGAGAUGUCCUCCUCAUAAGUAUCGACGAUGUACAUCAGGGCAAGUCAGAGUAGGAUCGAUAGUUUAGAUCUUGAAACCAUUGUUUCCAUUGCUUGUUCUAGCUAGGCGUUAUAAGAAAAUGUCUGAUAACACAACUACUUUUACCUCGUCGAUUUCCGCAGAUGCUGAUGCAGCUGCUACCUCUCCAGCAGCCUCCUCCAGCAGAACCGCCUCUCCCGGAGCUAUGGGCGACGUGUUGAAUGACACACCAGCCAUCGAUUUUGCGAAGAGGUUGGAAGAAAACGACUCAUCCAAGAAUGACCCCAGUAGUAUCCUCUCCACACUGUUGAACAAAACGCCCUUUGUGACAGAACAAUGCGCGCAGACACUUGGUAAGGAGAAAAGUGAAGAAUUGAAGGCACUUUAUACCGAACUAUCUGCGUCAGCGUCGUCUUCUAGCCGUGGCGUCAACCCUCUUUUCGAAAAAGUAGUAGAAAGGUAUGAUGCGCCUCACCUAUAUCCGGUUCCUGCAUGGCUGGAAGGAGGAGUGAACUGUUGGACUGUGUAUAACUUGUUGAAAUACGCAAAAGCUGCACAACAUGAUGCAUCACCUUGAAGGAGGAAAUGUUGAAACGAUUUCUCCAAAUAGUCUAAAUCCCCUCCAGUGAUUGCAAUCCCUACUCUCAGACGCACACUAAAAUUUUUCGCAAAUGAUUUCCAAGAAAUUUCGCAUUGACAACGCCUACGCCAAAGAAUGGGAAAAUAUCAGUUUCCAC